GCGGCGUGCGCGGCGCACCACGUGGUGUUGGCGUCAAAAUUGAUAUCUAUCAUGGAUAAUUUAGUUUGUUGGUUUUAUUUCUACUGAUUCUCUUUACUUUUCAUUAUGUCUUCUCGUGCUCCGUGUUCUGCUGCCCUGACUCUUUUCGAACACCUUGACAACUUCAAGUACAAAUGCAAGAUCUGCCACAAAGUUGUCAUCGUCUCAGCUUCUUCCAAGACCAACUUGAAUCGCCACGCAAAGAACAAACAUUCACAAGAUCUGGAAAACGUGGUGAGACUCCGUGGUACCAGCACAACUCCGCUCGAGCGACUGGUCCGCGUCCCCAGUAAAUCUAAAGCGGAGCAGACAACGCAGGCGCUGAUAAAAUUUGUCGCGUCUUCACAUUCCCCGCUGGCAGUCGUUGAGAACGCCGAGUUCCGUGCGUUCGUAGCGUCUCUCAAUGAGAGCUACAAGUUGCCAUGUCGGAGGACCUUGAGGGCCCUGACCAUAAGCAGUGCCGAAGCGGUCAAGAAGGAGCUGAAAGAAACACUCGCCCGACUGCCCCCGGAUCAGGCCGUCAGUCUCACCAUGGACCUGUGGACAAACAGGCAGCUGCUUUCUUUCCUCGGCAUCACGGCUCACUUCGUCAGCGAGAAGCACUGUCUGCGUGCUGAUCUUCUUGCUUUCAGACGCUUCUACGGUGCCCAUACGGCGGAAAACAUCAUAUCGGCCUUCGAGGAGGUCACUCAGGAGUUCGGGCUCCGCCAUCGCAUUGCGGUGGUAGUCACGGACUCGGCGUCGAACAUGAUCCGGGCCUUCCGCGUGGGUUUCCCAGUGGCCGACGUGGAGGAUGAAGACGAGGAGGCCGACAAUGACGAUGAUGAACUGGAGGCAACGGACCUCGGCGCUGUCGAAGGCCUGAACAUACCAGUGCGGACUGCCUGCGCCGCGCACACCCUACAGCUGGUGGUCAAGGAUGGGAUACGGGAGUGCGGGCACGGAAUCGUCUCCAAGGCGCUAACCAGGUUGAAUGCCUUCAUUGGCGCAGCACGGAAGUCAUCGCGCGCCAUGGAGUUGCUCAGCCAGGCGAACGCCAGCCUGCAGUCUGCAAACGCAACGAGGUGGAGCUCUCAGCUGCGCGCUGUGAGAUCCUACCUGGACCUCUCGCCUGAAGUGUCCCAGCGACUCGAGAGCCUCGACAUCCUGAGGGGCAAGGCCCCUCUGGGCGGUGAAAAAACCACCCUGAAGGAGGUGGCGGAGGUCCUGGCACCCUUCGAGGUGGCCACGAAUGUCCUCCAAGGGGAAAAAGUGGUCACUUCGUCGCACGUGAUACCGGUAAUAAUCGGCCUAAAAACAAGUCUGCUGUCGGGGGAGGAGCUGACGACGGCAGUGCGGAGUCUCCAGCAGAACUUGCUGUCGUCGCUGAUACGCAGGUUCACAGACCAGCUGCGGAACCCGUUUUAUGUAACGGCGACACUGCUCGACCCGCGGUUUAAGCUGCUGCCGUGGACGGACGAAAGCGACGCUGAGGAGGCUCGCGGCGCGUGCGCCGCUCAUCUCAAGGCGGAGGCCGAGCGCCGGCCACCGGUCGGCCCAUCGCCCGGGCGUCCUCAGCCCGUCACCAUCACGGUGGAGGACGAGGGAGAGGACGAGCCUGAAGCCGUGCCGGGCCCAUCAGCUAUGGCGGUGGAGGGAGGACGCAGCCCGACUCCCCCGCCUCAGGCCUCCGGGACGGCGGCUGCAGUUGGCGGCGAAAGUUCCUUGUAUGCCUACAUGCAUCGACCGCGGCGUGAAGGCACAGGCCAGAGCCGGGGCGCGGCUGUGGAGGCGGAGCUGGCCCGUUACCUCUCCGAGGAGCCGCAGCCGAUGGUCUCUGACCCGCUGAAAUACUGGGCUGGCCGGAAGGCGGUCUUCCCACAGCUCGAGGCGGCGGCGAGGACCCACCUCGCCAUCACGGCCAGCUCUGGGCCGAGCGAGAGGAUUUUCUCUGUUUCGGGGAAACUCUUCUCGCCGGCACGUACCCGGCUGCGAGCCGACAUCGUGGAAGGACUAAUGCACCUUAAGUGCCAGCCGUGAGCGCACUGAGGUGAUUGUCGCUGGUGCUCACUAGUGGUGUCAAUUUCAGAAAACGUAUGUCCAAAGUCCGUCCAAUGUCCAAUGCUUACGUCGAUUGUCCGUCCAAAAAUUUCCAAGCCAGCCAUCUGUCCAAAGAUGUCCGACACCUACGCAAUAAUUUACACUCAACACUGUUAUUUCAUUUGCUUUUCAUGUACCGCUGCAAGCUCAAAAGUGUUAAUCAUAUCGAAAGCUGAGCUUUCUAAUAGCCAAUCAAUGUUAAACACGACUACUUUUUAAAAAUGUUGAGGUGUAGCAAGCGAUUGUCCAAAGUUGUCCAAUGUCCAAAGCCUGCGGCCAUUGUCCAACCGAAUUCCGAAUUGGGCAUUGGACAAAAUCGGAAUUCCGAAGAUUCAAGUUCCGAUUGACACCACUAGACUGCUCACUGGAGCCAGCUGAUAAGACGGGCUCCUCUGCGGGUGAAUUUUAUGUGAUAUUUAGCCAAGGACAGCACAUGUUUCCAUUGAUGUUCGUCAAGUGCCAUGCCAGUCGUGAGUCCACUGUGAUUAUUUUCGCGGGUGCGCACUGGAGCCAGCGGAUAAGACGGGCUCCUCUGCGCGUGAAUUUUAUGUGAUAGUUACCCAUUAACAGAACGUGUUUCCAUUGAUGUUCGUCAAGACUCAAGUGCCAGUCGUGAGUCAACUGUGAUGAUUUUCGCGGGUGCGCACUGGAGCCAGCGGAUAAGACGGGCUCCUCUGCGCGAGAAUUUUAUGUGAUAGUUACCCAUAAACAGAACGUGUUUCCAUUGAUGUUCGUCAAGACUCAAGUGCCAGUCGUGAGUCCACUGUGAUUAUUUUCGCGGGUGCGCACUGGAGCCAGCGGAUAAGACGGGCUCCUCUGCGCGUGAAUUUUAUGUGAUAUUUAGCCAAGGACAGCACAUAUUUCCAUUGAUGUUCGUCAAGUGCCAUGCCAGUCGUGAGUCAACUGUGAUUAUUUUCGCGGGUGCGCACUGGAGCCAGCGGAUAAGACGGGCUCCUCUGCGCGUGAAUUUUAUGUGAUAUUUAGCCAAGGACAGCACAUGUUUCCAUUGAUGCUCGUCAUGUGCUAGUCGUGAGUGCACUGCGGUGAUUGUCGCGGGUGCACACUGUGAUAACAUGUGAUAACACUGCCGAGAACAGUCCAUUUCAUGUAGUCUGAGUCCAAGUAGACGCGCGACUCGCAAAGUCUCAAGGUCUUAAUGAGCUUAUCUCUUUUGCCCAUUGUGUAAGUUGCCUCACUCCGUGUUGGAGGAGACUUAUGUGCCAAGAGUUUAUCUGUUUUUUUAAGCUUGUCCGAUUUAAAAAGAACGACUGAACGAGCUAA